AUGUAUCUUGACCACUUCCGGAAUAUGGACCCUUUUUUUACUCAAGAUUUAAAAAAAUCCCCAUCAAUGAGCCAUAGCCGCCAAAACUCCCUUUCUGUUCCAUCUUGCAGCUCGUCACCUGACUCUGUCAACACCAAAUUAGCGAAACCAAUACGGUUACCCAUUCGACAGCAUGGGCCGCCACUAUUGCCUAAGAUUCGUCCACAAGACCAAGGGCUUUACUUACCGCCCAAACGAUCCAAGUCUGUCACCAAGACUCGGAAUAAUCCUACGUACAACUAUCCAUCCUCACGACGUCACACCUACCCUGGGCCAACCUCUUCAGCGUGUUGUUUCCCAGUCGACAAUAAAGCCUCCAUAAAUAACUGGGGAUUAAACAAGCAAUUUGGUGAGGUAUUUGACAGUUUUCUUGACCAAAAUACCGGUCUUGAUAGCUACAGCUUUGCACAAAGUGACCUUUCGAUUCCUACUCCGAUAUCCACAUAUGUCGCAUCUGUAAACAACCAGAAAGCGGAUAUAUUCACGCCAGUUAUCUACAAUUCAUCUCCCUAUAGAUCUGUUCCUCCUCUUCAGGCUUCUAUGGAGUUUGAAGAGCUACUGUUUCAAGAUACUUUGGACCCAUUUGAUAAUGGCCCAUGUACCACUUUAAGGGACUACUUGACCUCACCAAAUCCCACGCCUGAAUUAGUCAGGCAGAUUAACACUCAGCCUCGAGGCAGUAAAAUCAAUGAUUUCUGGUGGGACAUUCGACAAAUUCUACCUUGGACAGGCUUCAAUCAUCAAGCUUUUACUGCUGCGCCAGGUUUACACAACCUUCUCAAUAUCAAUGUACCAUCUAACAUUCUCCCAUCUCCGCCUCGCAAGUCAAUGCAGCCAGAAACCGAGCUUGAGCUGAUGAAUUUUUAUGAUCAAUACUAUGCCACCAAGCUAAAUGCAGCACUAGAACUAUCACUUGGACCUCGCCACCUCACGAUGCUUCAGUCUAAAAAGAACUCGGCUGAUCCAUGUUUCAUCUCCAACUACACUGAUCAGGUUUCCCAGUCUCUGUAUGGUCAAGGACUUGGCCGCAUUGUAGGCUUAGUUAAAUCAUUUAAUCGAUGGAAUAGUGGUAUGUACGUUGAAGGCAACCAUCGAAAAGUAGAAUAUCUCCGUGGCCUCUCACAUCUCCACCGGCACAUGCGUGAGAAUGGGUGCAGGUACGGUUUUAUAAUGACCGAAAUUGAGCUUGUUGUUGUGCGGAAUAGUAAGGAGAGCGUGCCAUUUUUUGGUUACCUUGAAAUCCAGACCAUUCCACUCGCUGCCAACAGUAGCCAGAAUUCGGCUUCUCACCAAGAUGAUACUAUCUUCGGCACAAAUGACUCUCAGACGCAACCAAAAAUUACAGCCUUACAGGCACUGUGGUAUCUGCAUAUGCUAGCAAGAGAUAGCCUCAUACCCGGUCAGGUCGGUUGGAAAAGUGAGGUUGGCGUACUGGCAGAAGGAACCAGGAAGAAGUGCCUACCCAGAGAUUUAUGGAUGCCUGAGCCAAAUAUAGCUGAAAAGCGAGAUUCCAAGCGGGCUCGAGGCUGGAUCUGGCCAAAGGAAGUAGUGAGUAGAAGAGAGAUUGGAAAGCGUGGGGUGAGGUACGGAUCAGGAAGAUAA